AUGCGUACGGGUAACAAAUUAUUUGCAGAAGCAUAUCUUCAGUAUUGGAAUCACAGUUUUCAAUUAGAGAGACUUAUUCUAUCUGGUGAUGGAUAUUGUAGAGCAUUCUCCAAAUUCCUCUAUUAUCAGCAUAAUCUAGAAUUUAUUGAUUUGUCACACAUUCAAAUGAGAAAAAGAUUUCCAUAUUGGUUGUUACACAACAAUACGAAACUAGAAAUUCUUUUCAUAAUCAACAACUCUCUCCGAGGGCCUUUCCGGUUACCAUUUCAAUCUCAUAUGAAUUUGUCAUGGUUGGAUAUCUCAUACAAUAGCUUCACUGGCUCUAUUCUGAUAGAAACUGGAACGCAUUUGCGAAGAUUGAGAUAUCCAAUGAUGUCAAAAAAUGGUUUCAGUGAUAGUACUCCAUAUUUGUUUGGAAAUAUGAGUUCACUGGAAAUUUUAGAUUUAUCCCACAACAAUUUCACUGGAAGCAUCCCAAGUAGCUUAUUAAAAUGUAACCAAUUGAAAAUAAUGGAUGUCAGUUAUAAUCAUCUCUAUGCACACAAAGAUCUAUCUGGCAAAACACCUGAGAGGGUUGCACAAUUUGCAACAUUUGACCAGAGUAGCUACGAGGGAAAUCCUUUCUUGUGUGGACUGCCACUGCCGAAGAGUUGCAACAACACAUCUCCAUCACCACCAGUAACUCCAACAGAAGAAAAAGAAGAUAACGGCUUCAUGGAUAUGGGUGUUUUCUGUGUGAGCUUUGUGGUGUCGUACAUCAUGGUGUUGCUAGCAAUAGCAGCAGUUCUAUACAUAAACCCAUACUGGCGACGAAGAUGGUUUUACUUCAUAGAAACGAGCCUUACCAAUUGCUACUAUUUUCUGGUGGACAAUAUUCCUCUACUGUCCAAAUUUGGACUUUCAUAG